AUGGCAAUAUCCCUCUCCCACCACGAGAAGGACAUCCUCGCCCGCCAACUCGCCAACCCUCCUGCCCAGAAAAUCGGCUUCUUUUCGCUCUAUCGUUAUGCCUCAAAGUGCGAUCUUGUCGUGCUGGCUAUUGCCAGUCUCGCCGCUAUCGUCGGCGGUGCUGCACUCCCUGUUUUCACCGUACUGUUCGGACAGUUGACCUCGAGUUUUCGCAAAAUCGCCAUUAAUGCAAUCACCUUUGAGCACUUUAACCAAGAACUCACAGAUAACGUAUUUUAUUUUAUCAUCCUUGGAGCCGGCGAGCUCGCAACAAUUGCCAUAGCUACGAUCGGGUUUAUCUACACCGGCGACCAUGUCGUGCAGAAGAUCCGAAUCGAAUACCUGCGUGCUAUCCUCCGCCAGAAUAUCGCUUUCUUCGACUUGAUCGGUUCUGGAGAGAUUACCACGCGAAUUACGGCUGAUACAAACUUGAUCCAAGACGGUAUUUCGGAAAAGGUCGCGCUGGUGUUGACCGGGUUGUCUACGUUCGUGACUGCGUUUAUCAUCGCAUACAUCAAAUACUGGAAACUGGCGCUCGUCUGUACUGCUACACUCCUGGCACUGCUGGUUAUCAUGGGUGUAGGUUCAACCGGUAUGCUCAUAUUCACAAAACGCGCACUCGAAAGCUCCGGUCGCAGCGGUAGUUUGGCCGAGGAGAUUCUCGAUGCUAUGCGGACAGUAGUCGCGUUCGAUGCACAGGAGACACUCGCGAAGAAAUACGAGUCUUUGCUCAAGGAAUCGGAGAAUCCGGGCAAAAAGGCACAGAUUGCUUUCGCCCUGAUGGUGGGAGGCCUGUUCUGCGUUAUGUAUCUCAACUACGGUCUGGGAUUUUGGAUGGGGUCAAAGUUUCUGGUCGAUGAUGACGAUGGUGUUCAGGUCGGGGAUAUUCUCACUAUCCUCAUGGCUAUCAUCCUCGGUUCCUAUAAUCUGGGCAAUGUCGCGCCUAACAGUCAGGCGCUGGGUAAUGCCGUCGCGGCUGCUUCGAAGCUCUACAGCACCAUCGAUCGCGAGUCGCCCAUCGAUCCAUCUUCUGAUGAAGGCGAGAGACUCGACAAAGCUCAAGGGAAUAUUUUCCUGCACCGCGUCAGCCAUGUAUAUCCCUCCCGUCCUGAAGUCCUGGUAAUGGACGACAUGACACUUUCCAUUCCCGCCGGACAAACAACAGCUUUCGUUGGACCCUCUGGAUCCGGAAAGAGUACCAUCAUCGGAUUGCUGGAGCGGUUCUACAGUCCCAUCUCCGGAAAGGUCUUCCUCGACGGCCACGAUAUCCAGACGCUGAAUCUUCGCUGGCUAAGGCAGCAAAUUUCUCUGGUCGGCCAGGAACCUCGCCUCUUUGCUACAACCAUCUACGAUAAUAUCCGCUUCGGGCUACUGGGAUCGCAAUGGGAGCACGAAUCCGAGGAAGACAUUCAACACCGUAUCGAGGAUGCCGCUCGUAUGGCCAAUGCGCAUGAAUUCAUUAUGAACCUCCCGGAACAGUAUCAGACAAAUCUUGGUUCUGGUGGUUGUUCGUUGUCUGGUGGACAAAAGCAGCGUAUUGCCAUCGCUCGGGCUGUGGUCAAGGAUCCGCAGAUCUUGCUCCUAGAUGAGGCUACUUCAGCUCUCGACACCAAGUCCGAAGGUAUUGUGCAAGCGGCACUGGAUCGUGCAGCUGAGGGCCGUACGACAAUUGUCAUUGCGCAUCGAUUGUCGACUAUUAAAAAUGCGCAUAACAUCGCCGUCCUUGUAAACGGGCAAAUUGUCGAGCAGGGCUCGCACAAGGCACUCGUUGAUUUACAAGGUGUCUAUCUCGAUCUAGUCCAAGCUCAGCGCAUAGAAGAGAUCCGGCAGUCGAUGCAUCUCGAAAAAAUGACCUUCCUCUUCGACGCGGAUUCGGUCAGAGACAUGUGCUCAUCUGACUCGGACUGCUAUUCUUACCAUUCAAGUCUUGAUGAGAAGAAGCCGCGGGUCCGACAUUCAAUGCUCCCCGAUCUAUACCCAGAACCAUCGCCACCGUCCACCCCGGAGCCAAAGCAAUUACCCUGCUACUCCCUUUCGGAACUGAUAAAGUUCAUCGCCAACUUCAAUCGCCCCGAAUGGCCCAUCAUGAGUAUUGGUCUCCUCGCCUCGAUCGCAGCCGGCGGCAUCCAGCCAUCGCAAGCCGUAUUGUUCGCCAAAGCCGUUACCACCCUGACUCUGCCGUCGACGGAAUAUGGCAAGCUGCGCCACGACGCCAACUUCUGGUCUCUUAUGUUCCUGGCUGUUGGUAUUGCCACAUUCCUCUUGUACAGUAUCCAGGGGACAUCAUUUGCGUAUUCUUCAGAGAAGAUGAUUUAUCGCGCGCGCACAGCGGCAUUCCGCGCGCUGCUGAGACAGGACAUUGCCUUCUUCGACCGCGAGGAAAAUUCUACCGGGGCGUUGACCACGUCGCUAUCAGCUGAGAUCAAGCACCUCACUGGUAUCAGCGGUGUUACGUUGGGUACAUUGCUGAUCGUGACCAUCAACCUCAUCGCCUCGCUAACAGUGGCACUUAUCAUGGGCUGGAAACUGGCUCUUGUCUGCAUCUCCGCCGUCCCUGUCCUCCUCGCUUGCGGAUUUCUCCGAGUCUGGCUACUCGACAAGCUGCAAACCCGCGCGAAAAAGGCAUACCAGGCCUCUGCAAGUUCAGCCUGCGAAGCUGCCUCGGCCAUCCGCACUGUCGCCUCAUUGACCAUGGAGACGGAGGUGCUGGCAUCCUACCGGAAACAACUGCAAGCUCAGCUCCGCGCGGAUAUCAUCCCAAUUAUCAAAUCGUCAGUGUUGUACGGAGCAUCCCAGGCAUUGCCAUUCUUCUGCAUGGCGCUGGGGUUCUGGUACGGUGGACGCCUGUUGGGACGCCACGAGUACUCACUAUUCACCUUUUACGUCUGCUUCAGCGAGGUUAUUUUCGGUUCUCAAGCGGCGGGGACUGUAUUCUCCCAUGCUCCGGAUAUGGGCAAGGCGAAGAACGCGGCGACUGAGUUCAAGCGUCUCUUCGACUCGAGACCGGUUACUGUGAAGCAGAAGGAGAAGAAGCAGGAUCAGCCCGUUACAUCUAUGAAGGGUGCUAUUGAAUUUCGCGACGUCUCAUUUACCUACCCCACCCGCCCUGAACAACCUAUUUUGCGAAAUUUGAACUUGACGGUAAAACCAGGCCAAUAUGUCGCUCUGGUCGGAGCAAGUGGUAGCGGGAAGAGCACAACCAUUGCCAUGCUCGAGCGAUUCUAUGACGCGGUCUCCGGGCAGGUCUGCGUUGAUGGCCGGGACAUCACCCGUCUGGACCUGGGAUCAUACCGCAGCUUCCUAGCGCUGGUCAGUCAGGAGCCUGCAUUGUUCCAAGGCACAAUCCGAGAGAACAUUCUUUUGGGCCGAUGCGGCGACGAAUAUGUAUCAGACAAAAUGGUAGUCCAAGCGUGCAAGGACGCGAAUAUCUACGACUUUAUCAUCUCACUUCCACAAUCCUUCGACACCCCCGUCGGCAACAAAGGCAUGAUGCUCUCCGGCGGCCAAAAGCAACGCCUCGCCAUCGCCCGCGCCCUCAUCCGCGACCCUAAAAUCCUCCUCCUCGACGAAGCCACCUCAGCCCUCGACUCUGAAUCCGAGAAAGUCGUGCAGGCGGCGCUGGACGCUGCUGCCCGUGGACGGACGACGAUUGCCGUUGCGCAUCGGCUGAGUAGCAUUCAGCGCGCGGAUGUGAUAUAUGUUCUUGAAAAGGGGGAGAUUGUUGAGUUGGGAACGCAUAAGGAGUUGAUGAGGAGGGGUGGGAGGUAUUGCGAGUUGGUGAAUUUGCAGAGUUUGGGGUGA